AUGGGAAAUUCGUACGCCGGACAGCUAAAGACUACACGGUUCGAGGAAGUCCUGCACAACUCCAUCGAGGCCUCCCUGCGCUCCAACAACCUGGUGCCCCGGCCCAUCUUCUCCCAGCUGUACCUGGAGGCUGAGCAGCAGCUGUCCUCCUUGGAAGGUGGCAGCCGAGUGGACAAUGAGGAAGAAGAGGAGGAGGGGGAAGGAGGUUUGGAAACCAACAGUCCCCCAAAUCCCUACCAGCUGCCCCCUCCGCCUGAAGGAUGCUGCACCACAGAUGGGUUCUGCCAGGCUGGGAAGGACCUGCGCCUCAUCUCCAUUUCCAGCGAGCCCAUCGAUGUCCCUGUGGGUUUCCUCUUGGUAGGGGCCAAGUCCCCCAGCCUGCCAGACCAUCUCCUGGUGUGUGCAGUUGACAAGAGGUUCUUGCCGGACGACAAUGGCCACAAUGCCCUGCUUGGUUUCUCUGGCAACUGCGUUGGCUGUGGAAAGAAGGGCUUCUGUUACUUCACAGAAUUCUCCAACCACAUCAACCUGAAACUGACCACCCAGCCCAAGAAGCAGAAGCACUUGAAGUAUUACCUGGUCCGCAAUGCACAAGGCGCUCUCACCAAAGGCCCCUCGAUUUGCUGGAAGGGCUCAGAGUUCAGAAACCGGCAGAACUCUACCAACAUGUGUUCUAGUUCUCUCUUGUCACCGCUGGAGGGCUCGGGGUCUCUGGCUGCCUUCCCCAGCGAGCCUGUUUCUGGGACGAACGCCAACAUCCCAUUGGGAGCUCAACAGGCAGGGACAGCCUCUGACCAUGCCUCUGUGACCACAGCCACGGCUCCAGCUAUCUUCAAUGGCAAAGAUUCUCCGAAGCACCAGCAGCUGGCAAAAAAUAGCCUGCCGGCCCUAACUGGGCCCUCAACCUUAGGUAUCUUGUCAAAUUCCGGGCCCCCUAAAAAACGCCACAAAGGAUGGUCUCCUGGCUCUCCACCAGCUACAGAUGGCAGCUACCCUCAGGGUGGUGGGAGCAGAGCUAAGUACGGUAAGUGACCACAGCUUUGCAAAAUCCCAAACGUGGGUAGCAGAGGUGCUGCUAGAGUGUUUGUGUGUGUGGGGGGGGGGGUGCGAUCUAAAGUGCUGAAAAUAUGCAAGGCCAAGCCAGUGAUAUUUAAAGGCCAUGGGAAUUUCCCUUACCUCUGUGGGAACCUGAACGAUGUCGUUGUCAGCCCCCUGCUGUACACGUGCUACCAGAAUUCCCAGUCCCUCUCUAGGGCAUAUGAGCAGUUUGGCGCCUCCACCAUGCAGCCCAUCUCUGAGGAAAUGCAGCUCCUGCUGACAGUCUACUACCUCGUCCAGCUGGCGGCAGACCAGGUGCCACUGAUGGAGGACCUGGAGCAGAUCUUCCUGCGCUCCUGGCGUGAGUCGCACUUGACUGAGAUUCGGCAGUACCAGCAGGUGCCACUGCAGCCCUACCCACCGGCACCCAAUGCCGUGGCACCUGUGACCUCGGCACAGCUGCCCUGGCUGGCCGGCCUGGCUGCCAGUUCCUGCAAUGACAGUGUGCAUGUCAUCGAGUGUACCUACUCCCUGGCCGAAGGUCUCUCCGAGAUGUUCCGGCUGCUUAUUGAGGGCAAGCUCUCCAAGACCAACUAUGUGGUCAUCAUCUGUGCCUGUCGGAACACUGCCAUCGACUCCUGCAUCGCUGUCACAGGAAAAUACCAAGCCCGGAUCCUCUCCGAGAGCCUCCUCAGCCCCACGGAGUACCAGCGGGAAGUUCAUUACGAGCUGGUUACAGGCCAAGUGGACUCCCUGGGGUCCUUUUUCAGCACCUUCUGUCCAGAAGGUGACAUUGACAUUUUGCUGGACAAAUUUCAUCAAGAAAAUAAAGGCCAUAUUUCUUCCUCUCUCACUGCUUCCUCUGUCACUAAAGCAGCAACCCUGGACAUCAGUGGAGCACCUGUGUGCACAAGUUACCAUCUGGAGCCACGUGGUGCUCGGCCCUUCCAGCUGGCAGUGGCGCAGAAGCUCCUUUCUCAUGUGUGCUCAAUUGCGGAUUCUAGCACACAAAAUCUAGAUCUGGGAUCUUUCGAGAAGGUGGACUUUCUAAUUUGCAUUCCACCCUCAGAAGUGACCUACCAGCAGACGGUGCUGCAUGUCUGGCAUUCAGGGGUCUUGCUGGAGCUCGGCCUGGAAAAAGAGCCCAUGACCAAGCAGAGGGUGGAGCAGUAUAUUCUGAAGCUGGAUGCAGAGGCCCAGACAAAAUUUAAGGCCUUUCUGCAAAACUCCUUCCAGAACCCACAUACACUCUUUAUUCUGAUCCAUGACCACGCCCACUGGGAUCUUGUGAGUAGUGCUGUUCAUAACCUCUAUACUCAAAGUGACCCAACCGUGGGAUUGGUGGACAGAUUGCUCAACUGCAGGGAGGUGAAGGAGGCCCCCAACAUCGUGACCCUUCACGUGACUUCCUUCCCAUAUGCCCUCCAGACACAGCACACCCUCAUAAGCCCCUACAACGAAAUCCACUGGCCAGUCUCCUACAGUAAUGGAGUGGACUUGUGUCAUGAAAAUAAGAAGUACUUUGGGCUGUCUGAUUUUAUUGAAUCCACACUUUCAGGACACAGUCUCCCCUUGCUCAGAUAUGAUAGCUCCUUUGAGGCCAUGGUCACUGCACUAGGAAAAAGGUUCCCCCGCCUGCACAGUGCGGUGAUCAGGACCUUUGUUCUUGUGCAGCACUACGCAGCUGCCAUGAUGGCUGUGAGCGGCCUCCCGCAGAUGAAGAACCACACAUCAGUGGAGACACUGGAGAUCACGCAGAACCUCCUAAACUCCCCGAAGCAGUGUCCCUGUGGCCAUGGGCUCAUGGUCCUGCUGCGGGUGCCCUGCUCACCCCUGGCAGCUGUGGCCUAUGAGCGACUGGCCCAUGUGCGGGCUCGGUUGGCCCUGGAAGAGCACUUUGAGAUCAUCCUGGGUAACCCCAGCUCAGGCAUCACUGUGGGGAAGCACUUCGUGAAGCAGCUCAAGAUGUGGCAGAAAAUCGAGGAUGCAGAGUGGAGGCCUCAGACUUACCUGGAGUUGGAGGGCCUGCCAUGCAUACUGAUCUUCAGUGGGAUGGACCCACAUGGGGAAUCCUUGCCACGGUCUCUGAGGUACUGUGACCUGCGUCUGAUAAACUCUUCCUGCCUGGUGAGAACAGCCUUGGAGCAGGAGCUGGGUCUGGCCGCUUACUUUGUAAGCAACGAGAUUCCCUUGGAGAAAGGGGCCAAGAACGAGGCGUUGGAGAGUGACGGGGAGAAGUUGAGUAGCACAGACAACGAGGAUGAGGAGCCAGGGACAGAAGGUUCCACCUCAGAGAAGAGGAGCCCCAUGAAGAGGGAACGGUCCUGUUCUCGUGACUCAGCGUCCUCCUCCCUGUCUCCAAAGCAUCCGGUCAGUCUUCACAUGGGACCCUCAGGUUCAGCCCUCUGCAGUGAGUCCCUGGCUCAGCCCCCCGGGCUCCCACAGGGAGAGCAAGCCUGGUCACCUCCACCCUGUGGUCCUGCAGAAGAGGGCAGAAUGCCUGGGGAGAAGCAGUAUCUCCCAGCCAGUCAGGGACCACCAUCAGUCAUUAGCAGGCACAGCCCUGGGCUGGUCCCCCCACCUGAGUGUGGUCCCAGGCCUAGCCAGAGAAGCCUACAGGUGUCUGUCACCUCAGCCUCACAGCUGUCCUCCUCAGGCUUAUCCUCCCAGUGCACAGUGCCCACUGCCGGCCCACUUGUGCCACAGGCCUCACAGUGCUCCAUGACCAAGGCCUGCCGGCAGCCGCCCAUCGUCUUCCUGCCCAAACUUGCAUAUGACGUAGUCAUGUGCACUGACAGCAGCGGCCUGCCCAAGGCCGCCUCCCUCCUGCCCUCUCCCUCGGUCAUGUGGGCCAGCUCCUUCCGCCCUCUGCUUAGCAAGACCAUGACUUCCACGGAGCAGUCCCUUUACUACCGGCAGUGGACAGUGCCCCGGCCCAGCCAUAUGGACUACGGCAACCGGGCUGAGGGCCGUGCAGACAGCUUCCACCCUCGCAGGCUGCUGCUCAGUGGGCCACCUCAGAUUGGGAAGACAGGUGCCUACCUGCAGUUCCUCAGUAUUUUGUCCAGGAUGCUCAUUCGGCUGACAGAAGUGGAUGUUUAUGAUGAGGAAGAGAUCAACAUCAACCUCCGAGAAGAAUCAGAUUGGCAUUAUCUCCAGCUCACUGACCCCUGGCCAGACCUGGAGCUGUUCCAGAAGAUGCCUUUUGACUACAUCAUUCAUGACCCAAAGUAUGAGGAUGCCAGUCUGAUUUGUUCACACCAUCAGAACAUCAAGAGUGAAGACAGAGGGAUGUCCCGGAAACCUGAGGACCUUUAUGUGCGACGUCACACAGCGAGGAUGAGACUGUCCAAGUAUGCAGCGUACAACACGUACCACCACUGUGAGCAGUGUCACCAGUAUAUGGGCUUCCACCCCCGCUACCAGCUCUAUGAGUCCAGCCUGCACGCCUUUGCCUUCUCUUACUCCAUGCUAGGAGAGGAGAUCCAACUCCAUUUCAUCAUUCCCAAGUCCAAGGAGCACCAUUUUGUCUUCAGCCAACCUGGAGGCCAGCUGGAGAGCAUGCGCCUGCCCCUCGUCACAGACAAGAGUCAUGAAUACAUAAAAAGUCCGACGUUCACUCCAACAACUGGCCGCCACGAACAUGGGCUCUUUAACCUCUACCAUGCGAUGGAUGGAGCCAGCCAUUUGCACGUGCUAGUGGUCAAGGAGUAUGAAAUGGCCAUUUAUAAGAAAUACUGGCCCAACCACAUCAUGCUGGUCCUCCCGAGCAUCUUCAACAGUGCCGGAGUUGGGGCUGCCCAUUUCCUGAUCAAGGAGCUGUCCUACCAUAACCUGGAGCUAGAGCGGAACCGACAGGAAGAACUUGGAAUCAAGCCACAGGACAUCUGGCCUUUCAUUGUGAUUUCUGACGAUUCCUGCGUGAUGUGGAACGUGGUGGAUGUGGACUGUACCGGAGAGAGGAACAGGGAGUUCUCCUGGUCGGAGAGGAAUGUGUCUCUAAAGCACAUCAUGCAGCACAUUGAGGCGUCUCCCAACAUCACGCGCUACGCCCUGAUUGGCAUGAGGAAGUGGGCCAGCAAGACAAGGGGUGGAGAGGUGCACAAGCCCUUCUCCCGCUGCCACGUGCACGACUUCAUCAUCUUGAAUGUGGACUUGACCCAGAAUGUGCAGUACAACCAGAAUCGGUUCACGUGUGAUGACAUAGACUUCAACCUGCGGGUGCACAGUGCUGGCCUCCUACUCUGCCGAUUCAACCGCUUCAGCGUGAUGAAGAAGCAGAUUGCAGUAGGUGGGCACAGGUCCUUCCACAUCACAUCCAAGGUAUCUGACAGCUCUGUGGCCAUUGUACCGGCCCAGUACAUCUGUGCCCCUGACAGCAAGCAUACAUUCCUUGCGGCUCCUGCCCAGCUUCUGCUUGAGAAGUUCCUCCAGUACCACAGCCACCGCUUCUUCCCUCUGUCCCUGAAGAACCACAGCCACCCUGUGCUGUCCGUGGACUGUUACCUUAACCUGGGACCUCAGAUUUCUGUUUGUUAUGUGAGCUCCAGGCCCCACUCUCUAAACAUCAGCUGCUCUGACCUGAUGUUCAGCGGGCUCCUCCUGUACCUCUGCGACUCUUUUGUGGGAGCUAGCUUCUUGAAAAAGUUUCAUUUUCUGAAAGGUGCCACUUUGUGUGUGAUCUGUCAGGAUCGGAACUCGCUCCGCCAGACAGUCGUCCGCCUGGAGCUGGAAGACGAGUGGCAAUUCCGACUGCGGGAUGAGUUCCAGACGGCCAAUGCCAAGGAAGAUCGGCCGCUCUUUUUUCUCACUGGACGGCAUAUCUGA